AUGCUCAGAAACAUAAACAACUAUAAUGACAGAAUAACCCCUACGAGCCCUACAAGCUAAACAAUUUCCCUUCCUAAACACAUAUGAGAUACUAACCUCUCACUCCAUGUACGUAACAUAAGGUUACGAAACUGGAGCAUUAAGCUAGCAACAUAAAAAGCAUAUACAUAUAGUGACACUACUUAAUAUUUAUCCAUGUUAUUUUACCGUAAAAUUCAUGGAGCUUGAUAUGAACUCAGUUCUUGAAUUACUGUCCCAAACAAUAAUUAGCCAUUAGUUACAGUCGACAUUGAUGUCCAUGUACUUUACAUAAUUAAUCAGUCCAACCAUUCAUCAGACUAAAGGAAGGGAAGGGAGAACUGGAGAAGGGGUUACCGGGCUAGAACUUGUAGAAGGAAUACGUAAAGCAGAGAAGGCGUAAGGAAGAGUAAAAAGCUGCCCUCCUUCCUUUCCUUCCAUUCCAACUAAAAAGGCACAACUUUCAGAUGAGACAAUCACGAGACGUCCCUGAAAUUCACCAUCUUGCUUUCCAUUCCAGUUCCAAAACCCACCUCUCUAAUCUCAUCCAAUCAACCUCCCUCUUCGCAAUGUCGUCAUCUCUCUCUUCACCCUCCUGCAACUCCCUUCCUGCAUAUUCUUGCAGCAGGGUUUCUUUCCUGACAUGAGAGUUUGAAAUCUUCUCUGUUUUCCUACGUCGAAGACAUCAUUUCCUUCCGUUACCAGGAGACCUCAUCGUCACGUUCUUCUUCUAUCCAAUCGAUGAGUUGAUAAUCUCCCCACACAACCCAUGUUUCUGAAUCAGUUCAUGCACUUCCUGAAAUCCAUGCACACUUUCAGAAGGAGAACGUACGGCUCUCUGUUCUGAUCAUUGCAUCCUCUGUUUUUUCCCCUGCUUCCUUGGGAACAAAGUUACAUAGUGUUGGAAUGGCUGGUUCUUGUUUCCCUGCUUUCCGCCUUGGAAAACCCAGGAGCAAGCGGAGAUUACGAAUGCCUCCCAUGUCGUCGAGAGAGCACCAGCUGAACUCCGAGGAGAACAUGGAGGGGAAGAGGUUCGACAGCUUGGAAUCUUGGUCCAUGAUACUGGAGUCCGAGAACGUGGAGACGUGGGAGGCCUCUCCCAAGGAAGACGAAGAUGAGUGGACAGCAGACCUUUCACAGCUGUUUAUAGGGAACAAGUUUGCCUCUGGGGCGCACAGUAGGAUAUAUCGAGGGAUUUACAAGCAGAGAGCAGUUGCUGUCAAAAUGGUCAGGAUCCCUAGCCACAAGGAAGAGACCAGAUCUGUCCUCGAGCAGCAGUUUAAAUCUGAAGUUGCUCUGCUUUCCCGACUCUAUCAUCCCAAUAUAGUGCAGUUCAUUGCUGCAUGCAAGAAACCCCCUGUGUACUGUAUCAUCACAGAGUAUAUGUCACAAGGAACACUCAGAAUGUACCUGAACAAGAAAGAGCCCUACUCGCUAUCAACUGAGACGGUUCUAAGGCUAGCUCUCGACAUAUCACGAGGGAUGGAGUACCUUCACUCACAAGGUGUAAUUCACAGAGACUUGAAAUCAAACAACUUGCUUCUGAAUGAUGAGAUGCGUGUUAAGGUGGCAGAUUUUGGGACUUCAUGCCUCGAGACACAAUGCCAGGAGACUAAAGGAAAUAAAGGCACCUAUCGCUGGAUGGCACCCGAGAUGGUCAAGGAGAAAACUUACACUCGUAAAGUCGACGUCUAUAGCUUUGGGAUUGUAUUGUGGGAGCUCAUCACGGCUUUGCUUCCAUUUCAAGGAAUGACUCCAGUCCAGGCCGCAUUUGCAGUGGCUGAGAAGAAAGAACGACCCCCACUGCCAGCAAGCUGUCAGCCUGCACUUGCGCACUUAAUCAAGUGUUGUUGGGCUGCCAAUCCAUCAAAGCGACCAGAUUUCAGCGACAUUGUCUGUGCUUUGGAGAACUAUGACGAGUGCAUGAAAGAGGGUCUUCCUCUUACUUCGCAUGCCAGACUAGUUAGCCGCAACCUCAUUCUUGAACGGCUGAAAGGCUGUGUAUCUGUCAGCUCAUCAUCCUCACCAUCAACAUCAUCAUCGUCAAUACCUGUACAUGCAUAGCUAUCCCAUCCUUCCACAGAGCUACAACAACAUAAGCAGAAGACCAUAUUCCCCAACAGCUAAGAAAGAAGCUUUACCAGACAAGGGAAGGUUUGAAUACAAAUCUGAGCCCCUUCAAAGAGAAAUACUUGUGGUUUGGGGUUUGCUUCGUUUGGGUCGGGGGAUUUGGCGUCCAGAUCAAGUAGAAGCAGGAAACAUUAAUGCCAGGAAUGAUGGCUCCCAAAACAAAGCAUUUCAUUGUUUGGACUUCACUUUCAACUGACCAGUGACUAGUGACUAGUAUGAUUGAUGUAAAUGUAAAACAUAGAUGUCUCUUGUAAUGAACAACAGAAAAGAUGCUAAACAAAAAGAAUAAUAGAAGGUAAUGUUCACAACAUAAAAGCCGAAAAAGAUCUGAGUUCAAAAAAGUGGAAUUGUCAAUGGUGAAACAACCCUGGCGGAUUAAAAUUUAGCCAUUACUCGUCUGAAAUCUAAAUAUUGACUCUCUUGAAGCAUCAAUCCCUGUUAAGUCUGCAGCCGAAGAAAGAAACCCAAAUUGGAAGUGCAAAUGUGCCUGCCUCUAAGAUGAACAAAAACUUUUGACCGAAUGAUCAACUCAAUGUAUAAAGUGUCUUCAAAUCAAGAACAAACAAAUUUAACAUGGCCUUUCAAGAAGGAACCGAAUCAUCAACCUGAACGGAUUUUGUUUCACCAAGCUCCUCAGGUUUUGAUUCAGAAUCAUGAUCAUGCGAGUUCAAUCCUAAGCACAAAUCUAAGGUACUCUCAUUGAGGUCUUGCCGUACCACCUGUUCAUCAUCCUGAGAGGGAAGCCAACAGAAAAUGCCAGAUCAGCAUAGAGGUGGAAAUUUUGAAGUAUUCCACAAUACCUUUUGUGUUAUCUUAGUUAAAACCAUUUGCAACAGCAUUACUAGUGGAGAAGAAAAACAACUAACCCUGAGACUGAAGCAAACAGCACAUCCCACGUUAGCAUAGAGAUACUACAUGAGAAGCAUUACAUAGUAUUUCGGGUGCUAAUCUAGAGCUACAACCAAUUGGACAUCAAUAACCAAUAGAAAACAGAACAAAAAGAAUAUGGACAGAGGACCACUACCCUGAACUUGAAAAUAAUCCAGGACAUUGUUCACUAUCAAAUCAAUCGAUAUCUCCAAAAACAAGCAAGCUAAUGCACAAUGGACUUGUAAAGCAGCCAAAGGAAGACCAAUAAAAGACAAAGUCGACG